UCAGUGGCCGGGCGCAGAGAGCACAGUCCAGGCUACGAGGAUGGUUUGUGUUCACACACUGUUGCGCCUUCCAGGAUACUCCGGUUAAAAAAAAUAAUAAUAAUAAAAAAAAUGUUAACCUCAGCUUUCACUCCUUUAUAGGAAAAUUGGCUCUGCUUUUCCUCUCUCUUCACUGUGCGCAGCACUUAAAGAUUUUUUUAAGUGAAAAGCGGCGGAGAAGUUGUUCGUCAUUUACCGAGGGUGAUCAGGUGUGACCAUGGCCUACACACUGGGCUUGGCCACUGAUGGCCAGAAGCGCAGUGUCGGACCUCAGCACUGUGUCACUCGGGUGGAGUUGUCGGUCACCGCGUCCAGCCUGCUAGAUCGAGAUGUAGCCUCCAAGUCGGAUCCAUUCUGCGUUCUCUUCCACGAAGUGGAUGGAAACUGGGUGGAGCUGGGACGCACUGAAACAGCUGUGAACAACUUGAAUCCAGUGUUUGGGGUGAAGUUCCAGGUGGACUACCACUUUGAAGAAAUCCAGAAACUUCGCUUUGCCAUGUUCGAUGAAGACAAGUGUGCCACACAUCUCGAUGAGCACGACUUCCUGGGAGCAUUUGUUUGCACACUGGGAGUGAUUGUGUCCAAUAAGAAACUUCACAGACCCCUGAUCUUAGCCAAUGGGAAGCCAGCUGGCAAAGGAUCCAUUACAAUAACAGCGCAGGAGUUGUCUGACAACAGAAUCAUCACUUUGACCCUGAGUGGGCGUAAACUGGAUAAGAAGAUAACAGCGCAGGAGUUGUCUGACAACAGAAUCAUCACUUUGACCCUGAGUGGGCGUAAACUGGAUAAGAAGGUGCUGUGUUAUGACUACGAUAAUGAUGGAGGACAUGACUUCAUUGGAGAGUUUCAGACCACAGUUGCAAAGAUGAGUGAAGCCCAGAACUCAGUGGAGGUGGAGUUUGACUGCAUUAAUCCCAAGAAACAGAAAAAGAAGAAGAACUAUAAAAAUUCUGGAGUUAUCAUUGUCAAGUCCUGCAAGAUUACAAGGGACUACACUUUUCUGGAUUACAUACUGGGAGGAUGCCAGCUCAUGUUUACAGUCGGUAUAGACUUCACGGCAUCCAAUGGGAACCCCCGAGAACCGUCCUCCCUCCACUACAUCAACCCACUGGGCAGCAACGAGUACCUUGCUGCCAUAUUAGCUGUGGGACAAAUCAUACAGGACUAUGAUACUGACAAAAUGUUUCCAGCUCUGGGAUUUGGAGCCCAACUCCCACCAGACUGGAAGGUGUCACAUGAAUUUGCCAUCAACUUUAACCCAACAAACCCUUUCUGUUCAGGUGUGGAGGGCAUUGCCCAGGCCUACUCUGCGUGUCUCCCUCACAUUCGCUUCUACGGUCCGACAAACUUUGCUCCAAUCAUCAACCAUGUAGCACGUUUUGCUUCUCAGGCCCUUCAACAGGAGAAAGCAGCGCAGUACUUUACACUGCUCAUUAUAACAGACGGUGUCAUCAGCGAUAUGGAUGAGACGCGCGACGCUAUUGUGCAGGCAUCGAAGCUACCCAUGUCCAUCAUCAUCAUUGGCGUGGGCAAUGCCGACUUUGCCGCCAUGGAGUUCCUGGAUGGGGACGCCAGCGUUUUGAGGUCCAGCACAGGAGAGGAGGCUGUUCGGGAUAUUGUGCAGUUUGUCCCUUUCAGGGAUUUCCGCAACGCGCCCAAGGAAACCCUUGCUAAGUCAGUUCUGGCUGAGCUGCCUCAGCAGGUCACCCAGUACUUUAAGCAGCGGAAUCUACCGCCCAUUAACUCAGCGCCAGAGUGAGACGCCCCGAAGACGAGAGCCCACACGAGAUACAAGAGCUUGACGAAACCCCUCCUUUUUGUUAGUGGCAAACAAAACAGAACGAAACUGUACAGUAUAUGUCAGCAGUAGACAAAAAUUAGUUGUGGAAAAAAAAAAUCCAACGUUGAAGACAUCUCUAAGUUUUCACUGAUUAAAGAAUGUUUGGUCAGUUUUCAGUGUAAACCCAUCUGAAGUGAUGCUCUUUCUUUCUUCAGUCUUUCCAGCACACAGAGCAGUGAUGAUAAUGUGUAGAGUACCUUGCAUGUCCAAAAUGUGCAGAUAAAAUGCAGGUGAAACACUGGCCUGUUUAGGGGAAAAUAAAUUAACUUACCAGGAUGUGUUUUUUUUCUUUUGCUUUUUGCAUGUGUAUGUGUCUUGUGAUUGAUACCAUGUGAUACAUACAACUCCUUUGUGUGAAGUCCUCUUUAAGCUGAAUUGUAUCAGUGGUUGAUUCCUCUUUAUUCUUGUACCUUUUGAGGUAGCAUAUCAGAUGAAAGCUGUUUGCUUUUGUGCUCAUGUGUGAUGGACUCAUACACUGAGCAGAGCAGCAUUUAUUUAACCCUCCAGGGGGAAGGGUUCUGUUUAAAAGUUUUGAUCAGCAGUUAUCUGGGAGGCAGAUUUAAUGCUCCACUAUCCUUGGUGAAGUAAAGAGGACAUAACCAGAGAAGAAUGAGGCAUACUGGCAGCUGUAGCACUACCACAGGACAGAUGUUGGACACUGAGUGUAUUCAGUAGGCCGUUUUGCUAGCUUUUGCAAAAUCCGUGUAUUUUACUUAUGACUUAAGUUCAUCCUGCAUGUUGCCAGUAUCUACUCACUGUUUACAAACUGAUGAUCACAAACGCAUGAUGGUUUUUUUUUCCUCAAAUUAUGUACUUACCAGAUUUUGUAAAUAUUUUAUGAGAUUCUGUUGCAAGCAAAGAAAGUAUUACGUGAUAAAGACAGAGGCUGCAGCUGUCACAGCCUUAACGACUGGAGAGGGCAGAGAGAGCAGGGAAGGUUCUGAUAUGCAUAUAUCGAAUGUAUAUUUCUAUGACACUGUUUAUGUUAUAAGAAGCCAAUGUUUAUGCCAUGUUUUUAAUGUACUUUUUAUGCAGUGCUGAAUCGUGUAAUUAAACUGAAAUGUGUAUUGCUGUGCAUCUUUGUACUAAAUGUGUUGCUAUUAAUUUUAUAAAGUUGUGUCUAUGUCCACACUCAGGAUAAUAAACUAAAGGAAAAGUCU